GAACAGUGGAGGGAGGCUGUGCUGCUGCCUGCUACUUCAUCCUCUCUUCUCCACGCGAGAGAUGUCUGAUGUGGCGGCGCUUCCUGAGACCGUGGCGGAGGGUAAGAUGACGACGACUAUGAACGACGCGUGGGACUACAAGGGCCGUCCUGCCGUCCGCGCCUCCUCCGGCGGCUGGUCGUCCGCCGCCAUGAUCCUGGUGGUGGAGCUGAACGAGCGGCUGACGACGCUGGGCGUGGGCGUGAACCUGGUGACGUACCUGAUCGGCACCAUGCACCUCGGCGGCGCCGCCUCUGCCAACGCUGUGACCAACUUCCUCGGCGCCUCCUUCAUGCUAUGCCUCCUCGGUGGCUUCGUGGCCGACACCUACCUCGGGAGAUACCUCACCAUCGCCAUCUUCACCGCAGUCCAAGCGGCGGGCAUGUGCGUCCUGACCGUGUCGACGGCGGCUCCAGGGCUACGGCCGCCUGCGUGCGCGGACCCCACUGGCCCCAGCAGGAGGAGCAGCUGCGUGGAGCCCAGCGGUACGCAGCUGGGCGUGCUGUACCUGGGGCUGUACCUGACGGCGCUGGGCACCGGCGGCCUCAAGUCCAGCGUGUCCGGGUUCGGCUCCGACCAGUUCGACGAGUCGGACGACGGCGAGCGGCGGAGCAUGGCGCGCUUCUUCGGCUGGUUCUUCUUCUUCAUCAGCAUCGGGUCGCUGCUGGCGGUGACGGUGCUGGUGUACGUGCAGGACCAUCUGGGGCGGCGGUGGGGCUACGGCGCCUGCGUCGCGGCCAUCCUUGCGGGCCUGCUGCUCUUCGUGACGGGCACCAGCAGGUACCGGUUCAAGAAGCUGGUGGGAUCCCCGCUGACGCAGAUCGCCGCUGUGACGGCGGCCGCGUGGAGGAAGCGCGCGCUGCCGCUGCCGCCGGACCCGGACAUGCUGUACGACGUCCAAGACGCGGUGGCCGCCGGAGAGGACGUCAAGGGAAAGCAAAAGAUGCCGCGCACAAAGCAAUGCAGGUUCCUUGAGAGGGCAGCCAUCGUUGAGGAGGCCGAGGGUUCCGCCGCCGGCGAGACCAAUAAGUGGGCGGCGUGCACGCUGACGGACGUGGAGGAGGUGAAGCAGGUGGUGCGGAUGCUCCCCACCUGGGCCACCACCAUCCCCUUCUGGACCGUGUACGCCCAGAUGACCACCUUCUCCGUGUCCCAGGCGCAGGCCAUGGACCGCCGCCUCGGCAGCGGUGCCUUCGAGGUCCCCGCCGGCUCCCUCACCGUCUUCCUCGUCGGCUCCAUCCUCCUCACCGUCCCCGUCUACGACCGCCUCGUGGUGCCCCUCGCCCGCCGCUUCACCGCCAACCCGCAGGGCCUCUCCCCGCUGCAGCGCAUCUCCGUUGGCCUCCUCCUCUCCGUCCUCGCCAUGGUCGCCGCCGCGCUCACCGAGCGCGCGCGCCGCUCGGCCUCCCUCGCCGGAGCCACGCCCUCCGUCUUCCUGCUCGUGCCGCAGUUCUUCCUCGUCGGCGUCGGGGAGGCCUUCGCCUACGUCGGCCAGCUCGACUUCUUCCUGCGCGAGUGCCCCAGGGGCAUGAAGACCAUGAGCACGGGCCUAUUCCUCAGCACGCUGUCGCUCGGCUUCUUCUUCAGCACCGCCAUCGUCAGCGCCGUGCACGCCGUCACCACCUCGGGUGGCCGGAGGCCCUGGCUCACCGACGACCUCGACCAGGGCAGCCUCCACAAGUUCUAUUGGCUGCUGGCCGCCAUCAGCGCUGUCGACCUGCUGGCCUUCGUGGCAGUCGCCAGGGGAUACGUCUACAAGGAGAAGCGCCUGGCGGCGGAGGCUGGCAUCGUCCAUGACGACGACGUACUCGUCCAUGCCACCUGAAUCGUCUACCUCAUCAUAUAUUAUGCAUUAAUAUAAUUGCACUAGCUCGGAUCGGAGAACUAAUAUUAAUUUAUUUUUCUGGUUUGGGACUCCAAAUUAAAGAGGUUUAUUACAUCAAGGCCCUAGCUAGAAUGUCGAGCACAGAUUGACACGGGUGGAUUCAGAGAAUCACUGAUAUUAAAAAAAAUCCAUGGUGUUACUCUUA